CAGAACACAGCAGAAGCCAGACAGAGGCACACACCCAAGCACCUUUACUGUCACAAACAGAGUUAUGGCUUCAGCAGUGCUCUUCAUUCUGCUUUUCUUAGCAGGACUGUUCGCUCUCGCUUUGGGCGCAUCACGGCAGUUUUAUGUCGUGAAAGAAAACAAAAAAUGGGACGAAGCUCAGAAAUGGUGCAGAGAGAAUUACACGGACCUGGCUACCAUCGAGAGCGAGGAAGAAAUGAACGCUUUAAAGAAGGCUCUUAAGACUACAAGUGGACAUUUUUGGAUAGGACUAAAGCAGGAUAAUAGUUCGUCAUCAGUUGUUUUCAACAAUAGGUCCUGGGUCUGGUCAGAUAACACCAGAGUCUCAUAUAAAAACUGGAAAGAUGAUGAGCCAAACAACAAUGGGAUUAAUAAUGCUGUGGAAAUCUGGGCAGAAAGUACAGGUUAUAUAUGGAAUGAUGCAAAAAACAGUUAUCCACAAAGUUUUGUCUGCUAUAAAAAACGACCUCCAAUCACUGUGAUUGCUCAGAAUAAGAAGUGGCAAGAAGCUCUGAGGUUCUGCAGACAGAACCAUGUGGACCUGCUCUAUAUUUACUCGAAGGAAAUGCAGAACUGGGUUGAAUACGCCACUCAAAACGUCACCACCGAUGUGUGGAUUGGUCUGCGUCACACCUGCGCUCUGGGCUUCUGGUACUGGGUGAGUGGUGAGACCAUCUGCUACCAAAACUGGGCUCCAGGGAAUGGAACCGGAGUGGAAGACUGUAAUGGCGUGGAGAGAACUGGAGCUCUGCUGGCUGCGAGUAAGAAGUGGGUCAGUCUGCCACAGACUCAAGAACUCAACUUCAUCUGCAUCACCUUCUAGUGGAGGAGAUUUAGACAUUUAUCACUACGUUACAAUUAUUCAUAGAGAAAUAAAACUGAUUCAUGGGCUUAUUUUUUAACAGAAGUGGCAGCAUAGAAUUCAGCUGGAUUCUUAUCUCUCAGGACCAGACCUUUCUACACUUUUCAACAGGAUUUUACUUU